GCAGGGCGGAAGCGGGGCGGCCCCGCCCGCGGGGCGCACCGCCCCACCCGCCCGUGCGGCAACACGGCGCCGCGGCGGCGGCGGCGUUCCCGGCGGCGGCUCCCUUUGUGCUGCCGGCGGCGGGACAAGCCCCGCGGCGGCCGGGUCGGGUCCCCCGGGAGCCGAGCGGCCGCCCGGCAAGCAUGGACGUGCGGGCAGCGGCGGUGCCAGGAAUGGAGGGGAAAAAACUGAUUUCUGCAACAGACACACAGUAUUCUAGUGUGCUCCUUCAGUCUUUGAAUGAACAACGUGGCCACGGACUUUUUUGUGAUGUUACUGUCAUUGUGGAGGACCGGAAAUUUCGAGCUCACAGGAACAUCCUUUCGGCCUCAAGCACAUAUUUUCACCAGCUUUUCUCAGUGGCUGGGCAAGUGGUUGAACUGAGCUUUGUAAGAGCAGAAAUUUUUGCAGAAAUUCUUAACUAUAUUUAUAGUUCCAAAAUAAUAAGCAUUUCAUCCGAUUUACUUGAUGAACUGAUUAAAUCAGGGCAACAGCUGGGUGUUAAAUUCAUAGCUGAUCUGGGCAUACCUCCGUCUGAAGGAAAAAACAUGCCAAGUGAGGGCAAAGAUGGUGCUUCAGAAACUUCAACUUCUAGUCCAGGUCAAAAGGAUGCUGAAACACAAGUACCUGUAAUAAGGCCAGAGGGUCAAGAGGUAACGGAUGGGAUGCCGGUGAUAACACAAUCAUUCUCUUUACAUGGCAUAGAAUAUGAGACUACAAAAAUUACAGUGAGUGAUUCGGAUGAUGAAGAUGAUGAUGUAAUCUUUUGCUCUGAGAUUGUUCCUCCAAAAGAAUGUACUAAAGAUAAAAAUGCUGCAACCCAGAACCAGCCUUGCCCAAGUCCAGCUGGAGUUGUUUCUGACCAAAAAUCAGGUGGUAGUGGUGGCUCUCCCCAUUUGACAAGCACCACAGCAGCUCAAAAACUCACUUUGUCUGCCAGUCAGCUAAGCCCAAACCAAACACAAUCAAGUGCUGAAUCACUUGUCUCUGGAACACCGCAGCAUUUGACUCCCAAUAUCAUUGUGCUAAAUAAGCCUCUACUUAACUCAUCGCUCAGUGCCAGCUCCUUGCAUCAAACACAUGUGACCCCUACAAUUAAUUUAGUUGAGGAGAACCAGCAGCCAUCUAAUAAUGGCUCCUUAACUGAAGUGGAAACAACUGCUGUUGAUGAUGAAGAGGCUGUUGAAGAUGAUGUGGAUAUCAUUAGCUCAUCUAGUCCUGGUUCAGUCAGCAGUAGCUCUUUGGUUCAGCAACCUUCUAUACCCAAAGCAGCAACCACUGAAGGAUCAGGUGUACAGAAAAAACAGGUUGUUACAUUUUCACAAGAGCCAUUUUCUAAACCUGGAGAAUUUAAAAUAAAAAUCUCAGAUGUCCUUACUGGAAACAACAAGGAAUUAAGUUCAGGUAUAGCAUCAAAGAAUGUGGCAGAAGGGCAGAAAAUCAUAACAUUAGAUACAGCAACUGAAAUUGAAGGCUUAUCCACAGGCUGUAAGGUUUAUGCGAAUAUCGGUGAGGAUACAUAUGACAUAGUCAUUCCUGUGAAGGGUGAUUCCGAGGAAGGUGAAGCCAAGGCUGAUGAAACGCCUAGAACGUCUGGUGGUGAUUCUCCAAACAGGAAACGCAUGAAAGUAAAGCACGAUGACCAUUACGAGCUCAUAGUGGAUGGAAGAGUCUACUAUAUUUGUAUUGUGUGUAAGAGAUCAUAUGCGUGUCUGACAAGUUUACGGAGACAUUUUAACGUUCAUUCCUGGGAGAAGAAGUAUCCAUGUCGAUAUUGUGACAAAGUUUUUCCUCUUGCAGAAUACCGUACAAAGCAUGAAAUUCACCACACGGGUGAGCGAAGGUACCAGUGCUUGACGUGUGGCAAAUCUUUCAUCAACUACCAAAUUACGGCCUCCCACAUAAGAUCGGUUCAUAGCCAAGACCCUUCUGGAGAUACCAAGCUUUAUCGAUUGCAUCCUUGCAGGUCUUUGCAGAUCAGACAGUAUGCGUACAUUACUGAUCACUCAAGCAGUAUACCAGUAAUAAACGAGGGUGGAAUUGUUUAUCGUGUUGGCACAGGGAAGGAUGGCACUGAAGGAACAACAUCUAACCCUCCAGCCAAACAAAUUACCUGGGAUGACAUUUUCAUUCCGCAGGGAAAUGAAGCAAUUUUUAAACAAAAUCCAUCAGAGGGAAGUACUGAAUUUGAGUUUGUAAUACCAGAAUCUUACUGAAAUGCAUUAAAUGCAGGAAAAAGGAUUCAGCACAGAAAUACUGCAGCUGUUUUAAAUGAACUCUUAAAAUUGCUGUAAAAUCAAAUGUUAAAGUGAAAACAAGUUAACUUGUUCUACCAACUCAUCAAGUGGUAGCACUCAGAUGGAUCAUUAGUAGCUGCAAGCAAUUUGUGGAAGCGAUUCAUCUGAAAGUUUACUUGAAUAAAGAAUAAGACAUUUCCAAGGAGCUGGCAGUGUUUUCUGGUAUGUUAAUUUUGAUCAAAACGUGGGGAUUUGUAGCUUGAAAAGGUACAAUUUCUUCUGAAGAGCUAGAAAUCUUUCUUCUAAAGUAAUUGAGGUAAUUCCUGUACCCAUACUUACUAUGUAAACCCUUUCUUUCAUGUUAGCACUUUAAUGCUGAAUUCUGUUUAGAAGUUAACCAAGAAAACAGUAAGAUUUUUCAUUGUAGUCUCUUGAAUAUGGAACCAUUUAAAAAAAAAAAAAAUUCUCAGAACUCAUACUUAUUUUUGUGAACAAUGCAUUACUGCAAGGGUCCAAAAUAACUGAUCCAAUAGUUUGAAGUAGUGUAUUUUUGAAUUAGCAUCUUAGUUCUGCUUUUAUAAGCACUAUGAAUCAUCUGUCUUCAUGCAAAUAGUCUUGCCAACAAGAGAUACUCAGUUAGGGCUAACUUGAACAAACUUUAUUUAUACUUGGCAGUAUGGUGAGCAGAGUAUUCGGUGUCUGGACCAUUGUAUAUUGCUCUUUUUGCAAUGGGGAAAAAAAAACCCGAAACCCACAAAGCUCAAUAGUGAAGAAGAUUCGAACACUUAGGAAGGAGAAAAUUUUGCCUUUUCAAAGCUUGAGGAAUAAUGUUAGGUUUUCUUACUACUGGAAAAGAUGCCAGUAGUUAGUUUGGAAUAAAGUGCUGUUCCUUUUUUUGCCCUUCAGGAAGAAAGGCUUCAGUCUGGUAUUUCAAAAAAAGGUAAUAUGAUAAAAUUAAUCUUUUUUUUAGCUGAAAGCUUUGAAAUUUGCUUCUCAAAACUAUGAAAUAAUCUAAGUGCUGUAUCAGUUUAGCACCAAGACUGCUGAGGAUCUUGUAUGCCUAUUUGGCUAGAUCUUUAAGUGAAACAGGGAUUUGGAUUUCACAUGCACACACGCAGUCACACAUGCACACGCACGUGCGCACAGACACCCCACCCCCCCCCCCACCCCCACCCCGCUUUUAUAGGGUGUGGAAGCAUGAGGACUAAACCAAGAAUCAAAAAAUACCCUCCAUCACCUUAAUCCAAAGUAUCAUUUUUCUGCAGUUGACUAGUUGUCAUCUAUUUUCAGUUUUGGGUUUAUUACAUUGUCCUUUUUUCUCCUUGCAAUUGGCACAUAUUUAGGCACUUAGAAGAUAAAUUAGAUGUCCAACUUGAACAGGAAACAGUAGAUCUGAGAAAAAACAAACAGCUGUUUACAGGAGUCAUAGUUUAGCAUUUCAGAUUUAGUGACUUGUUGAAUUUUUGUAAAUGGUGAUAUGAAAACUGCUCAAGUUCUAGAGGUGACUGAGAAAGAUUGUCGUGCAUAGUACUAGUUAGUUAUUGUAACCUUUCAUUGCUUAAAUUACAGUUAAAGGUUUUUCUUUUCAUGUUUUAAGUAAGCAUCUUGAUCCUAUGACCUUCAAGGUUAAGGUUUUAGACAUAUAGUACUCUAGACAGAAAGACAUUUAAAUGGUGAAUGGUUCAAAUACAACUUGAGCUGUAAAAAAGGGUACCAGAAAUCUGUAUGAGUAAUGAUGGGAGAAAGAGGAGGAUUUGUUUACCUUAUGCAUGUAAUGCUCAGCACCUCUGUUUUGUAGGCCAAGAACACAAUGUACAUGAUUAUUUCCAGAUCAUAUUGCAGACCCUUUUGAAUAUAGUGGGGUAUGCUUUCAAAUGUUACAGGUUGGAUGUUACCUGAGGUGGCGUUUCAGCAGUCAAACAUAAUCCUCACAAGACAUAAGUACUGAUUGUCUGUAUUAGCAGAGGUAGCUCUGACGUAGCUGGCUGCGUGCUAUAUUGAGACUUCCUGAACUUUUUGACAAGAAAAAUACAAUGUUAUUUUUGUUACUGACAUGACAUAUCUGGAAUUAAGCAUAUGUUGGAAAGUGUACCUUCAGUAAUGAACAUAAUGGCUGUCAAUAUUUGCUGCUGAUGUAUUUAAAACCUUAAAUUAAACUGUGCCUACUAAAGGUCUCUUUUUGGAGGAAAACUGGAAAAUUAGGGCUUUGUAACUAUUUUUGCUAGAAGACUCGUGCUUGCAUGUGUCUCAGGGUCUUCAGUUUUCCUUGGAAGUGAUUUUUGAUAUCCAAAGUCCAGAGGUCAUGUAAAGCAUUUUUUUAAUUUCACUUCCAGUAUUUAUUGGUUUGGAAACAUGUUAAAUCCAUUCUUGUAAAACUUUUUAUGGGGCCAUGAGCUUUUAUAUUUAGAUUUCUGGCUAUUGCACUUAUAUUUGUUUUUUUGUUUGUUUUUGUAAACACUUAGCUUCCAGUUUAACUUAAUGAAAAACCUUAUGUAAAUAUUAAGAAAUUGGCUUUGGGGUAAUGGAAGAAAAAGAUUGAAUCGGAAAAAGCAUUUAUAUAAAAACUAAAAAUGUCAACAGAGUAUGGUAGCAAACCUCACAGUCAUUUAUAUGGAUAUAAAAACAUUAACGGAUCUGCUGCAAAAUAUGAUAAUGGUGGCUGCGUCCUCACUGUAUGGUUUCUUUGGGGAUUCAUACCAUAGCAUUCCAGUAUGUGAAUUAAACAAAUAUUAACAAUUGACUGCUUAUUUAUUUUGUACUGUUAAGGCAUGCAGCUAAUAAAAAGAUGCAGAAGCUGACGACUAUAUACAUUGAGUUCUACAGCUAUUGCCUAGGAACUGUUCCAUGUGAAACAUUUAUCAUUUUUGCCAGAUCUGUAAUGUAUAUAGUUGUACAGUCUUUCCUUAACAUACUUUUUAAAGUUGUGUUCUACUUUUCAUUAAUCAAUACUUGAUAUUAGUUCUUAGAGCUUUCUAUGGCAAAAAUAAAAAAGUUUAAUUCUAAA